UUCUUCCACCUGCACGAAAGCGCCCAAGCGCUUGGGGAUCUCGCCUUUUCGGAGCAAAACCUCAAGGAUGAAGAAAACCUUGUUACUAGAGCCUGCCAUUUUCUUAUAUGUUUUUGCCUACUCUUUGACAUCUCCUCUGAAGCAGCAAUAUGUAUACAAAAGGAUCUGGGAAGAAACCACCAACUCCACCUUCAUAGUUCAAGAUAAUAUUUCUCAUUGUGAACUGAAUCAAAGCAACCCUACCUAUGUGAAGCAAAAGGAAGUCCAAGAAAAAGCCUCUCUCUUUGCUAUGAAAACAGACUUAUGUGGGGCAAUUUUCAGCAUUUUGGUGGCCUUUGUCCUCGUAGCAAAUGGAGAUCGAUAUGGACGCAAAAUAUCAUUGGUUCUUCCCCUGGUGGGGAGUCUUACCGGCAGCAUCUUCCUCUUUGUUAUGUCAGACUUGUCUUUGCCCAUCUACCUUUUCUUUGUUUUCUCCUUGGUUACGGGCCUGUUUGGAGACUUGGCUACUUUUCUUGGAGGAGCCUUUUCCUUUGUAGUUGAUUGCUGUGAGACUCAGAAAAACAAAACCAUCCGAAUAGCUGUGAUUGACUUAAUCUUUGGAUUCACUUCUGGAUUGGGAGGAUUGGUCUCAGGUUACAUUCUAAAAGAAAUAGACUUUAUGUGGACAUUUGCCAUGAUUUCUCUAUUUCACAUGGUCAAUAUUUUCUAUGUCAUAUUUUUCUUGGACGAAACAGUGAAAGUCUCUGCAAUCCAGGCACAAUCUUGGCGGGAAGGUCUUAAAGACACUCUGUCUGGAGUAUAUAUGCUCUUUAAAUCCUCCUCCCUUAGGAAGCGAAUUUUAAUCAUCUUGCUGCUUUGCGUAUUCAUGACUUACCUUUUCACAGUCUAUGGAGGGCUUAGUCUCUAUGUGCUAUACGAACUGAAUGCUCCCCUCUGUUGGAAUGCCAUUUACAUAGGAUACGGCUCAGCUGUGUCCACCUCAGUCUCUGUGACUGGAUUCUUAGGGAUUGUUUUUCUUUCUCAUUACCUGAGAGAUAGCUAUCUUGUUUUUAUUGGAAUCUUCUCCUAUAUGGGAGGAAGUAUCAUGGCCGCCUUUGCCAACACUACAUUGUUGAUGAUGUUGGUGAGAAUACCAUCCAUGCUCCUUUUCGUACCCAUUCCAGUUAUUCGAGCCAUGUUGUCGAAAAUAGUUCUUCCUAAUGAACAAGGAGCUUUAUUUGCUUGCAUUGCUUGCUUAGAGGUUGUGACUGGGACCAUUUCAACUGCUGUUUUUAAUACUAUCUAUGCAAUGACUGUGGCAUGGUUUCCUGGCUUCAGUUUUCUGUUAUCAGCUGGCUUCUGCAUACUUCCACUGAGUUUAAUGAGUUGGUUUAUGUGUGUAACUCGACAGGAAGAGAACUAUGUGCAACUCAUAAAUGAAGAGGACUGUCCUGGCCAGAACAAUGACAGCUAAACAGAGAAUACAUCUAGCAGUUACUGCUCUCAAGUUCUAUAAUGGCUUAACCUGUGGGUGGGGUUGCCAGAGUUUCACUGCUUUCAAUGGCUCCAUUUUGAGAAUUCCACAAUAAUUGAUUGGCUUGGCUCAAGUUUGCUUUUAUUUUGGAUUGCUAUCGGGUGCCUUCAAGGGAUGCAAAGUAAAUUUAACUGCUUUAUAUCCCCCAAAUGUUGACUGUGGGGAUUUCCUGUCUUAGAUUUCUUCCCAUUGCUGGCCAGUCACAAAUUGUCCUUUGAUCCAAACUAGGUCAAAACAUAGGUCAACUAAAAAAAUGUAUUUGCUUCAUCAGAUCAGAUUAUAAAAUUAUGAUAGAUAGGCAAGUUAUGCUUAAAAUAUUGAAUGGAUUAUAUGUAUUUUCUAAUCCCUCCACUAAUUUGUGUCCGGAAUUAAAAAUUCUCAAAGAUUUAUUUAUUUAGGUCACUAGGGGUAAUCCUUCACCAUCACCCUAUGAAGUAAGUAUUUCUUCGUUUGGGUCUCUGUCAGAAUUCUUUAACCCGUAUGACAUUCAUUGGCUCCUCUUUUAACAAAUGCAUAGGCUUAAGAGAGAAAGUGUGAAGUAGAUUGGGCUGGAACUAAGGAGAACCAGAUAAAAGUUUGCUCCCCACUAUAGAGCAUCCGGAUCUAGGCCAAAAGUCAACCAAAGUUACUUCACUGGUUGUUGUGGAGAGAACAAGAAAGGCCACGAUGUAUAUUGACUUAAAGAACGGAAUGUAAUAACAGUAAAGUUCAGUGAUUCAUACUCCUUACAGGAAUUGAAAAACAAAGAGAAGCAGUGAUAAGCCACUCUGAAAAUCAUAACCCUCCAUUCUCCUAACUUAUUUACUUUUUGUAAAUAGGUUUUAUGUAGAACACGGGUGUCGAACUCAUGGCAUCACAGUGCCGUCAUAUCACAUUUUUCCCAUUUGCAGAGUUGGGGUGGAUGUGGUUUGUGCAUGAUGCCUCUGGCCCGCAGGCCACCAGUUUGACACUCCUGAUGUAGAAGAUACAGCAAAAACCAUACAUUUGCACUGUAGGAUGGGGAAAAAAGGGUCAACCACUAGGCGAACAUAGCUUUCUAGUAGGGUCCAAGAACCUGUAAACUAGAAAUUGCCUUCAGACAAUAGAAAGCAUUUCUUUUUUUGAGAAAAAAAAUAGAGUUACAGGUUCUGGCAGAAAAAGUGUGAGAAAGGAAAGAUAGAUAGGCAUUCCCUGAUCCAACAGGACUGUUUAAUGAAUUUCUCUUAUGCAGUGGAGAAACCUUGCUUGGAUACUUGCCUCUACCUCAAAUUUUUCUUAGCAAUCAUAAGCAGAAAAUUAUAGCAAUACAACUCCUUUCCACUUUGCACUGAAAUUAGGUAAAGACUUUGAAUCCAAAGGGCAAAAUUAGUAGUUUGUAUGCCCUGUACUGAUGCAUUUUGAACAGAGGGAUGUGAGAAUGAGGGGAUUUUUCUAGGCAUGUACAACAGUCACCUAAUGUAUAUAUUAUGAUUCAACAAAGUGGCAUUACUAUUUUUAGGAAUCAUUCCCUUUAAUCUUGUGAAAGAGUAAACUCCACCAAAAACCUUACUUCUUAUUCCGCAUGGUCUCUGAAAGCCUCUGCCUCUUACUUUUAUGAAGCAAAAUAGAUUCUUCUCAAUAGAGCCAGUUUGGUCUCAUGCCUAAGGCACCAGGAUAGAAACCAGGAGAUUGUGAGUUCUAGUCCCACAGUAAGCAUGAAAGCCAACUGGGGCAGUCACUUUCUCUCAGCCCAGCUCACCUCACAAGAUUGUUGCUGUGAGAAAAACAGAGGAGUAUUAGGCAUGUUCGCCUUGUGCUAUUUAUAAAAAUAGUAAGAGGUAUAUAAAUAAAUAUUAGAAUAUUAACAGAAACAUGUUGCAACUACCUGAUGUUUGCCACCUUGUUAAAUCCUUUAAUAUACUCACUGCACAAUUUUAGACAUGCUAGUCACAAGACCCAUCAAAUCACAUGUGCCAAAAAGACAUUAAUCUGCAAUAUUUGUUGUCUGUUCGUUUCUUUUGAAAUGCACUAUGUAAUUUGACAUAAGAAAUGGUGUUGUAAUGAUAUUUUUAUUUUGCUAGGGAAGUGGCAAGUAGCAGGCCACAAGUAGCAUUCAUCAGUGAUUUUAGACUUUUACUAUGAAUAAUGGAAGUGAAAUACACAGGGUCUGCAGUGCUUGUACUGCAGUAUAUAUCUGCCUGCAGAGCGGGUUAUUUAUUAUGCCUUCAGGCUGCCAUUGAAAAUGUUUAAACUGAGGCUAAAUGAGCAAGAAGGGAUAGCCUAAAAGCAUCAGUAGUAGCAAAGUGCACUUGGUAAUGUAUUGGCUCCAUUGAACACUGUGUGGUUUCUGGGCAAUUCCAUAUAGGGUUUUACUUCACAACCUUAAGUGGGUUGUAACUUUUGUAUUUUUGUAAGUACACACCAUUUUAUUGUUGUUAAUAAAGU